AUGUAUUCAGAAACUGAAAUACAUAAUUCAUCAUCAUCAUCAGAUGAUAUAAUUGAAUUAAAUGUUAGUGGUGAAAAAAUAUCAACUUUACGAUCAACUCUUACUGCUAUACCUAAAUCAAAAUUAGCACUGAUAUUCGCGAAAGAUAAUCAAAGCAUAAUGCAAUCAAAAGAUAAACAGAAUAGGAUUUUUUUUGAUUAUAAUUCUGUUCAAUUCAAAUAUUUGCUUGAUCAAUUGAGAAUGAAAAAACGUACGCCAGAAAUUCCUCCUGAUGAAAUUACUUUUCGAGCACCAAAUCAAGAUAUACAAACGAAUUUUUCUUACAUGAUCGCAGAUCUUGGACUAAAUGCCGAGCAAUUCUUGUCGCCUCUCGUAGGUGUUCAUCUGAACUUGAAUGUAAGCUCCUUAAUCGGAUGGCAACAAUGUUAUCGAGACACGUAUGAUCAACCGUUAGAUUUAUUAUCGUUAUUAGAAACCUGCAAAAGUAGAAAACUUCUUGUUGCGUGUCGUCCUGUUGGUAACAAGAAGACGUUAACUCUAGCUGGUGUUGGCAAAUGGGAAGAUCUUCUUCGUCAAUGUUCAUCAAGUGCUUAUUGUCAGAUUGAAAUAAAGAAUGAUACAGGUUUCUACUACGUACCAGACCAAGCUUGGGGCUUUGAAGGACGUUCAGAGAAUAUGAUUCUGACCUCCAUUAAACAGGGUUACAAUAUUGGGUAUGCAUCAAUGACUUCAAUCAAUUUAAAUCCUUGUGAUUCAAGUGAUUAUAACUCUGAGGGUCGACUUUGUUGGUCACUUCGCUCAAAUGUUAAUCGUGGCGGUGGAGACCGAUGUGGAAGUGUGAAAAAUCUUCACAAUUCAGCUGAUUGGGAACGAAUAAUCUAUCAAGCUGUUUAA